UCUCCUCCCUGCAGCGCCUUCCCUCCCCCUAUAAAUCCAUCUCCCGGACAGCGUGGGUGGGGGAGGGGGGGAAAAGAAGAGGCGCACGGGGCAGAGCUCAUCUCCCGUGGACCCCUUUCCAGGGGUGCAGCUGCUGCCUCGGGGGGACCAUGGAAAGCGCGAUCGAGGCGUCUCUGCUGACCUGUCCCCCUUGUCCUAACCCCGCAGGCUUCCUGCAAAGGAACAACAGCCUGGAAGACAAGAGCCGGCUGGUGAGCGCGCUCAAGGAACGCCAGAGCACCCGGAACCUGCUGGCUUGCGAGAACAGCGAGAAGGAAGCCCGCUUCCAGAAGACCGAGACUGACUUCUCCAACCUCUACGCCAGGGAUUUACUGCCAGCCAAGAAUGGUGAGGAGCAAACAGUUCAAUUCCUUCUGGAAGUGGUGGAUAUUCUCCUGACCUAUGUGAAGAAGACCUUUGAUAGGUCCACCAAGGUGCUGGAUUUCCAUCACCCUCAUCAGCUCCUGGAAGGCAUGGAAGGCUUCAACCUUGAACUCUCCGACAAUCCAGAAUCACUUGAACAGAUUCUAGUGGACUGCAGAGACACUCUGAAAUAUGGCGUAAGGACAGGUCACCCUCGUUUUUUCAACCAGCUUUCCACGGGGCUUGAUAUCAUUGGUUUGGCUGGGGAAUGGCUGACCUCUACAGCUAAUACAAACAUGUUUACAUAUGAAAUUGCACCUGUUUUUGUACUCAUGGAACAAAUAACACUUCGAAAAAUGAGAGAGAUUAUUGGAUGGUCCAAUAAAGAUGGCGAUGGAAUAUUCUCACCUGGUGGCGCUAUAUCCAAUAUGUAUAGCAUCAUGGCUGCCCGUUAUAAAUAUUUCCCAGAAGUCAAAACCAAAGGCAUGGCUGCAGUGCCUAAACUGGUCCUUUUUACCUCAGAACAUAGUCACUAUUCAAUAAAGAAAGCUGGAGCUGCGCUUGGAUUUGGUACUGAAAAUGUGAUUUUAAUAAAGUGCAAUGAAAGGGGCAAAAUAAUACCUGCUGAUCUAGAAGCCAAAAUCCUGGAUGCCAAACAAAAGUUGUGGAAUAACCUCCAUUGUGGAUGUGCAGGUUACCCUGAUCCAGUGGUGGGAUUCAAAGCCAACUCUGUCACAUGGAAUCCCCACAAGAUGAUGGGAGUCCUACUGCAGUGUUCUGCCAUUCUUCUUCGGGAAAAGGGUAUACUUCAAGGUUGCAACCAGAUGUGUGCAGGAUAUCUGUUUCAACAAGAUAAGCAAUAUGAUAUCACCUAUGACACUGGAGACAAAGCAAUACAAUGUGGACGCCAUGUGGAUAUAUUCAAAUUCUGGUUGAUGUGGAAAGCUAAGGGUACAGUGGGAUUCGAAAGUCAAAUCAACAAAUGUCUUGAAUUGUCAGAAUACCUCUAUAAUAAAAUUAAAAACAGGCAGGAGUUUGAGAUGGUUUUUGAAGGAGAGCCUGAACACACAAACGUUUGUUUCUGGUACAUUCCGCCAAGUCUCAGAGGGAUGCCAGACUCUGAGGAAAGAAGAGAAAAACUACAUAGGGUGGCACCCAAGAUCAAAGCUCUGAUGAUGGAAACAGGUACCACAAUGGUUGGAUAUCAGCCUCAGGGAGAGAAAGUCAACUUCUUCAGAAUGGUGAUUUCAAAUCCUGCAGCCUCCAAGUCGGAUAUUGACUUCUUGAUUGAGGAAAUAGAACGAUUGGGGCAAGAUCUGUAAUCCACAUGAGUUGAACCGUAGUUUUUCUCUAGAGCGCUCUUUUCCAGUACUGGCUGUUUUUUAACCAGUUCUGUAGAAUACAUUUUAAGAUGAUCGCUUUCUAAGUGUUUGAUUCUUCUGAGACCCUCUCUUUAAAAAACAAUAGUGCCCGCUUCCAUAGAUUAUUGAAAAGUAUAUAGGAACUGAUUUAUUAUUUUACCAAAGGAUAAACAUAUUAUUUUGAAAUAUAUCAUUCAGCUAGUUAGGUCUCGUAAUUCUAGUUUGCCCGAAAGCAAAUUAUAUUAAGAUAGCUAACUAAGAAAUCUGCACUAUAUGUACAGUGUGAUGAUGUAUGGUGUGUGUAGACAUAUUUUAACAGAACAAACACACAACAUACACUUUAUAUGUAUAUAAAGAAAAUAUAUAAACAAUAAUAAGCAUUCCAGGUGUUUCCUAUCACCAACUGCUCUUCUGAAGCUCUAUUAAUAUCAAAUGGGAUUCACUAGAUCAAUCCUUGGUAGAUGAUAGACUAACAUUCCCAUUUCAGGUAUAGGACUGAAGCAUUGAUUCUACUGAUUUUACUGACAUAUCAUCAGCCCUAAUACUGGAGUCCAUAUCUUUACUCUGUAUUAAUUUAAAUGGACAAGGCCAACCCCGUAUGAUAUAUUUUUAAGAGCCACUGAAAUCAGUAUAAAUUUACCCAGCAUGUUAGAUUCUCGCAUUUUUUCAGACUGGAAUGUAAGAGGCCUGUUCUUUCUAUCAAGAAGUAUUUUCUAUCAAGAAGUAAGUAACAUGACAACCAGUUUACAGGUGAUAAAGCUCCCUGGUAAAGCUGGGGAAAAAAACAUUUUUAAAAUGUAGAUUCUUAGGAACGAUGGUAAAUGGUGAAUGUUAUUUAAACAUUAUUUAUUGAUGCUUCUCUAAUAUAUGGAAAAGAAAGAAGAAAGCAAAUCCAAACAAGUAGUUUAGCUGUAUGUAUAUCCCUUUAGUUAUCAUAUCAGGGGAAUAGUAGUAGCUGAGUUGUUGUAAUAGAUUAUAAUAUUGAUGUAUUUUUUAGAAAUUCACUUGUGUAGAUUGUGUACAUUAUUGUUAAAUGGGGUAGGGGAGGGAAAAGGAAUUACAUGUAAUAGUUUUCCAGCAAAAUAACUGUUCAGUUCUAGGUAUAUGAGCUAUUUGCUUCUUUAUAUGCAAAGACUUUACCAUGCUAAAGAGUUGUCUUGUAUUUUCUUCCAUUUGUAUUGUAGCCUAUUUAUAUAAUUAUCAAAAUUCUAAAUAAUGUUUAUUGGUAAUUCAGUGUAGUUGUGAGCCAAAGAGAAGAUUAAAAAUUAGUUGGCACAUUUAUAUAAUAUAUGCCCUUAAAACAAUAAUUUAGCAGAUAAUUUUACUUCAUCAAAUUCUAGUACUACAUUCUAAUUACUAUAUUAUAAUCUAGAUUUAAGCCUAAUGAAAUCCUUUCACUUUAACAGAAAAGUCACUUUAGUAAUUGUAUGGUGAUCUGACUAUAUACUGAAUGCAUUUUAGUGAUUCAUGAAUGUUUAAGCAAAGGACCCUCUAUGUCAGAAUAAUCCACAGCUGUUGGUUUAUAGGAAUCCUGUGGCAAGAUUCCCAGCGAUUGGGCUGUAAUCUUCUGAAGGAGCUACAGCAGAGGUCUUCAAACUUGGCAGCUUUAAGACUUGUGGACUUCAACUCCAGGAAUUCUCCAGCCAGCUAUGCUGGAGUUGUGGAGUUGAAGUCCACAAGCUAUGCUGGCUGGAGAAUUCAGGGAGUUGAAGUCCACAAGUCUUAAAACUGCCAAGUUUGAAUACCUCUGGGAUACAAUAUUCUUCAUUAGUAGCAAAUGGGUAACUGUGGCUUUGACAAGAAAAAAGAGAAGCUCAACACAAAACCUUUUAAAUAUGGCCACAAGAAUUAUUGCAUAUGUAGCUGUAAGAUUCACCUUCGAUUUGUUAGCUAGGCAGGUGGAGUUUUUGACCACGCUAGUAGAAGGCAAGCAAAGUCACAGGGCAGGCAACAAGAUAAUUUUAGUCAAGUGACCCCUGCUAACCUAAAGCCUUCCUAAAUUUCCUGCAGUGGCUGUUUAGCUUCCAUUUAAUGCUUUAUAUUUCUCAUGCAUAAUAAACUGUAAGGAUUACUUUAAUGCACAUUUGCACACAUGUCCACUGAGAUAAAUAGAAUGUGUGUACAUCAGAGAGAAUUGUGCCCAGGUAACCAUAUAUGUUCUUUAUUGCCUGGGUUUUAUGAAAACAGUGUUUUGUUGAAAAUAUUAGCAAUAUUUUAAUGAAUGUCUGUGUAGCUUUUCAUCUUUUGGUUCCAGGAUUUUUCCCAAGUGUGAAAUGAGUAUAUUUUAAGAAUCCACAUGAUUCUACCUUGAUAUUACUGUCCCCUUCACUCACUUGACUCUUUCUUUUGUAUUAAAGUGAUGAUCCCUUCUGGAAUUGUGAUGUGACUAAACUACUUUCACUGUAUUAAGUGUCCAUAUGGUAUUUUACCAUCGUGUGGAUGGAACAAUUGAGAAGCUGCUCAGAAGAGUCUAACAUCUGCUAUCUAUAACUGAUGUUCAAAUGGAAA